UCCUCUGAAUCAAAGCACUCACCACAAACACAAGAAAAAGAGAGAAAAAUGAAUUCUUUUAAUAGCUUUUUGCUGCUCUUGAUAACAUCAGCCUAUUGCAUUUUUGAAUCAGUUCAAGCUCAAGAUCAAUCAGAAUUUAUCAGCUUGGAUUGUGGGCUGGUCCCUAAAGACACAAUCUAUAGGGAGAAGUCGACGAAUAUAGUAUACAAAUCAGAUGCAAAUUACAUCGAAAGUGGAGUGGCUAGGAAGGUCAAUGCCGCAUACAUGACGUUGUCUCAGCGUCAGCGAAAGAUUUGGUCCUUAAGAAGCUUCCCUGAGGGUACAAGAAACUGUUACAACUUCAACCUCACAGCUAAACGCAGAUAUCUGAUCAGAGCAGACUUUGUUUAUGGGAACUAUGACGAUCGAAAUCAACUCCCAAGCUUUGAUCUUCACGUUGGUCCUAACAAAUGGACUUCUGUUUCAGUUCCUGGACUCAAAAAUAGUUCAUACCAUGAGAUGAUCCAUGUCUUAACACAAGACCCUCUCCAAGUUUGUCUUGUUAAGACAGGAGAAACGACACCUUUUAUUUCUUCCUUGCAACUUCGUCCGUUGCACAAUGAAACUUACGGCACGAAAAGUGGCUCGCUGGUCACGAUCUCAAGAGUUUACUUUUCACCCACUACACUGGUCGUCAGGUAUGCUGAUGACAUCCACGACCGAGGCUGGUCAUCAUACUUAGACAGCCAAAUGAAGUCAAUAAGCACAGACCUUUUUGUUAAUACAAGUAACUUCUACGAUGUGCCACAAGCUGUGGCAAGAAAUGCUGCUGUACCUGCAAAUGAGAGCCAGCCUCUGACAAUAAAUUGGAGCCUCAACGAGAUCACUACACAGAUAUACGUAUACAUGCAUUUCGCAGAAAUCCAGAAUCUUGAAGCUAAAGGGACCAGAGAAUUCAACAUAUAUUGUAAUGGUAACGAACAUUGGUUAUCAUAUUUUAGGCCUCCAAAGUUCACAAUAAAAACGAUCGCUAAUUCAAGGGCUAUAAGUUCUCCCGAUGGGAAAUUCAAUCUCACUUUGGCCAUGACCGGUAACUCAACUCUUCCUCCUCUUAUCAACGGCCUAGAGUUAUAUAAAGUUUUAAGCCUUCUACAGCUCGACACAGACCAAGAUGAAGUUUCUGCCAUGGUGAACAUCAAGAGAAGUUAUGGGUUGGAGAAAAAGGUUAGCUGGCAAGGAGAUCCAUGUGCUCCGCAGAUUUAUCUGUGGGAAGGUCUAAACUGCAGUUAUCCAGACUCCAAGCCACCGCGGAUCAUAUCUUUGAAUCUGAGAGGGAACAAGUUGACUGGUAGUAUAACACCGGAACUUUCCAAGCUAACACAGUUGAUAGAGUUAGACUUAUCAAUGAACGAUUUAUCAGGAGAUAUUCCAGAUUUUUUUGCUGAUAUGAAGUCCUUGAAACUCAUAAAAUUAAGUGGAAAUCCAAAUCUCAAUGGAAAAAUUCCUGACUCUCUUAAGAAAAGGUUAAAGAGCCAUUCUAUAACACUAAUUUUGAGUGAAAGAAAAAAGGUUCCAGUGGUUGCUAUAGUGUUUGGAGUGUCUGCUCUGCUAGUCAUCUUGGCCAUAUUUUUCGUCUUCCUCCGAUGGAAAAGAAUUAAAAGGAAGACAAGAUCAUUCAGUUCAUCAAUCACAAGAAAGGACCUCAGAAUCAGGUUUCCCAAGAUCCUGGAGAUGACUAAUAAUUUCGAGAGAGUUCUUGGAAAAGGAGGCUUUGGAACAGUGUAUCAUGGAAAGUUGGAUGACACUCAAGUAGCUGUGAAAAUGCUCUCUUCCUCAUCAGCUCAAGGUUAUAAAGAAUUCAAAGCAGAGGUCGAGCUUCUUUUAAGAGUUCACCAUAGACAUUUGGUGGGACUUGUGGGUUAUUGUGAUGAUGGAGAUAACUUGGCUUUGAUCUAUGAAUACAUGGCUAAAGGAGACCUGCAUGAGAAUAUGUCAGGAAAACACAGUGGCAAUGUCCUAAGCUGGGAAACUAGAAUGCAAAUAGCUGUAGAGGCAGGACAAGGAUUGGAGUAUCUACACAAUGGAUGUGAGCCUCCCAUGGUCCAUAGAGAUGUGAAAUCUACCAAUAUCUUAUUGAAUGAGCGGUAUGUAGCAAAGUUAGCUGACUUUGGGCUCUCAAGAUCUUUCCCAAUAGACGGUGAAGGCCAUGUAUCGACUGCGGUUGCGGGCACACCUGGAUACCUAGAUCCAGAGUACUACAGAACAAACAUUCUAAGCGCGAAGAGCGACAUAUACAGCUUUGGUAUAGUGCUGUUAGAGAUCAUCACAAACCAGCCUGUAAUAGAUAAAACCAGGGAGAGACCUAACAUCAAUGAGUGGGUUGGCUUCAUGCUCACUAGAGGAGACAUCAGGAGCAUCACUGACCCGAAACUGAUGGGGGACUAUGACACAAACGGUGCGUGGAAGAUUGUAGAGCUGGCUCUGGCUUGUGUGAACCCGUCUUCGAACCGGAGACCAACAAUGGCACAAGUUGUUGUGGAGCUAACCGAGUGUGUGGCCUUAGAAAAUGCAAGGAGACAAGGUAGUGAAGAGAUGUAUUCACGAGGUUCCGUUGACUUUAAUCUCUCUUCUGAUUCUGAAUUUACCCCUGGGGCCAGAUAAAAUUGGAGAAUCUCCCAGUUUGUGUUUUGAAUGUUUUUUUUUUUAAUGUAACAACGUACUUUCUUA